GUGAUUCACCUGUAAUAAUGGCUUGUUUACAUGGUCAUACAGAAAUAGUUAAGAUGUUGUUAGACAGAGGAGCAGACUAUAAUAAAUAUGGAAGGUAUGGUGAGUCACCUGUAAUGAAGGCUUGUGAAAAUGGUCAUAUAGAAAUAGUAAAGAUGUUGUUAGACAGAGGAGCAGACUAUAAUAAAUGUGAUGUAGAUGACAGUUCACCUUUAAUUAAGGCUUGUGAACAUGGUCAUACAGAAAUAGUUAAGAUGUUGUUAGACAGAGGAGCAGACUAUAAUAAAUAUGGAAGGUAUGGUGAGUCACCGUUAAUGAAGGCUUGUGAAAAUGGUCGUGUAGAAAUAGUUAAGAUGUUGUUAGACAGAGGAGCAGACUAUAAUAAAUGUGAUGAAGAUGACAGUUCACCUUUAAUGGAGGCUUGUGAAAAUGGUCAUAUAGAAAUAGUUAAGAUUUUGUUAGACAAAGGAGCAGACUAUAAUAAAUAUGGAAGGUAUGGUGAGUCACCGUUAAUGAAGGCUUGUAAAAAUGGUCGUGUAGAAAUAGUUAAGAUGUUGUUAGACAGAGGAGCAGACUAUAAUAAAGGGUAUAAUGUUGGUCAGUCACCUGUAAUGAUGGCUUGUGAAUAUGGCCAUACCGAAAUACUGAGAAUGUUGUUAGACAAAGGAGCAGACUGUAGUAAAUGUGAUGGACAGGGUCAGUCAGCUUCAAAGAUUGCCUAUAAAAGAGGAAACAAAGCUAUAAUUGCUAUGAUUCAUCAACAUACCAGUCAGAAAAUAGUUCGAAAAUGAAGUUUAAUAAAAAAAAAAAUCAAAUGCUUAAAAGGCAACAACAAUGAAAACCAAGGAGUAAACAAAGACUCACAAAACCAAAGGACAUUUACAUCAACAGUUACAAAUAAUAAUUAAGAAAUAACAUGAACUCCACUUAGAACCGUGAUUGAAAUCAGGUGCUCCGGAAGGGUAAACAUUUCCUUUCCUUUCUUUGACUGCAGUGAGUAUGGCAGUAAGAACUUUAGAAAGGGGUUUAGUGGAACACUUGGAAGAACCUGCAAUAUACCUUUCCUUAUCAGGAUUCUUGUGAAGCUUGGGAAUCCAAUAUAAGGAUGGAAGAUCCUGGUCUUCAUCCUUUGGAUUAACACCAAAGAAGAUUAGAACCGAUUUGUGGUUUUCCAGGAUCUCCUGCUUCGUAAGCGUACUUAGUGUAUAUGUAGGAUUUCCAAGUGUGUUAUUUGUCCCCAGUUCCUUAAUCAGGCAGUCAAUGUAUUGUUUCUUGCAAACAAAAACAAUAUUGUUUGAGGCUUUGUCAGCUCGAACGACAACAUAUUUGUCAUGGAGGCGAGACAACUCCUCUAUAACAUGAGGGUCUUUAAAGAUGAAAGGAGCUUUGGUGUUGACCCUUUAAGCUUACUUAUUCUUAUCUGAAUCAGUGACCUCACUGAUUUUACCCACUCCGAAAGAGUGUCAACCUCAACUUUUUCUCUUUUUCCCCAGUCUUUUGCAUAACCCUCAACAGAAUCCAUUAGUUGUUUGAAGUUCUGCUUCCAAUUGAUUGGCUCUGGCUCUGUGUAUUUCGGACCCUUUGACAAAAAUUGUCUCAACUUGUAAUUAUUGACUAUGUUCAGAAAUUACAUGGCCAGCAGGAGUAUACACGAAAAGGGAAUGGGAACAGGCACAAUCAGGUGGUUUACCUUUAAAUUUGAGGUCAUCAAUAUUUAGAUUCUGCAACACUUUUUUGUGAUUAAACAUUUUAGAUGCAACAGGGUUGGUGUAGUAAUAGGAUACUAUAGGAGAAGAUCUAAAGUAAUAAGGAAUGUUGCUUUUUACUCUUUUUUGGUGAAAAUUAUUACUUAUAUUGAUAGCAUCAAAAUCCCCUUGUUUGUGAACUUCAAAUUUUUGCAGUUCCUCCGAAUGUUCAAAAACGGGUCUGAAUAAUCUAUAGUUAGCAAUAUCCAUCACCAUGGCAACUAUUUUAAUGUUUUAAAGGCUGUCAUUAAUAUUUAACCCCGUCGCAUUUUUGCACCUGUCCCAAGUCAGGAGCCUCUGGCCUUUGUUAGUCUUGUAUUAUUUUAAUUUUAGUUUCUUGUGCACAAUUUGGAAAUUAGUUUGGCGUUCAUUAUCACUGAACUAGUAUAUAUUUGUUUGGGGGCCAGCUGAGGGACGCCUCCGGGUGCGGGAAUUUCUCGCUACAUUGGAGACCUGUUGGUGACCUUCUGCUGUUGUUUUUUUCUAUGGUCGGGUUGUUGUCUCUUUGACACAUUCCCCAUUUCCAUUCUCGAUUUUAUUUGUUGAUAUUUAAACUUGUGUGUGGUAUAUGUUUAUACCUGUUAUAUUGAAAGUUCGAUAUUCUACCUUUUUUCUAGAGACUUUCUUGUUAUUGCUUACAUUACUUAAGGAUGUACUUAGGUCAGGUGUAGGAACUUGUGUUAGAUUUUUGUUUUGUCAUACGAUACAGGGUAAAAUAUAUUGCACCAUAACACCCAUUUUUCUUUUCAUAUAAGACUUCAAUAGCUCAUAAAAGGUCAUUUAACAAAAUUUUAGCAUAUUUUAGAUUUUUUUUUAUUUAAGCCCAAAUGAUACCGAUGCAAGUAUAAGGUAAAAGUCUGAGUCAACUAAUGCUCUUCUGACUUAGAGAAUCAAUUUUAAAUUCCAAAUUUGUUUUUUUUAUUUCACCUUAGUACAUCCUUAACCUAUUGAAGAUAUAUGUAUUUAAAUCCGUUGUAAAUACUAAUAUUAGUCCGUUUUAUUUACAAAAUACAAAUAUUAUGACAAGAUAUUUCAGUC